AUGGAUGUUCGUGGCGGCGACGGACAGCACAUCCGGAUCAUCGUCCUUUACCUGCUAGACACGACUUCGGAGAUGGGCUGGUUCCCAACACAACUAGACUCGGAAGAGUCGAAAUGGCAUUUUGAUAUUCUCAUUCUUCUCGCGGUCAUUGGCAGCUCUGCCACUCAAAAGCACAUGCCCUCCAUCACUGCCUCAGCCUUCGGUCUAUUUCCUCGCCUUUUGCCAGCUCCCGAAACCCUUCUCGAUACUCGGCGGCUGUAUCGUCUACCUUCAGCGGCCAAUGUCGAUGUCGUUGGUGUACAUUCUGGUACCGUUCUUACAGAACUAAACUACUUUGCGACUCUAGUACACAAAAUCGAAGAUCUCGAACCUUUUGAGUUCCGAUCCUGCAAAAUUGAACACAACCUCGGGCACGAUCGGGAAAAGGGAGAAUCAAACAAGCCCAUCCGUGUCAAAACCAUGUCCUUGCUGAACGUAAUUACAAUUGUAUCGAUUUUCAUGUCGGUGGGUCUGUUGGUCUUUGCCGGUGUAAUCCACGACGGCGUAGCGCUGGUCGGCGUCAGCACCAUGGCCCUGUCUACUAGUGCCGCUAGUCUUUCGGCCCACUGGUCUCCAAAGCUCUCUGAGCGGGACCAGAAUGCUAAGAUGCCUCCUGCCGAUGUGGUCAUUCGCACUCGUGGAGGAGCGUUCAUUGUGGUCCGUGGGGAUGAGUAUGUGAUCCGAGAACUGUACAAGGGGAUGGAUUCCUGCCAGUAUGAAUAUCCGGACAAAGUGCGCCAGGUCUUCUUGGCUCUGAGCACACUUCUCCUGAUGACAUCGGUGAUUAUGUUCAGCAACAGCAGCGAAAAGAUCCAGAUCGCCGUUGGUGCUGCGUAUUUCAUCCUGAACAUCCUUUACUGGGGGUUGGCAUUGCUGGUGGAGCCUGGUGAUGUCUGGGAUAUGAGCCGAUAUGAUAUCCAGCACGACAUGCCUCAAAAGAAGGGUAAUUAUACGGAAGUGUUAUGGUUGGCCAUUUUGGAGACCAGGUCGAUUGAUUGGGUGAGGAGGGCAAACAUUGCACCAAAAACAGCCCCCUGGGAUGAAUGGCUCCGGGAGGCAUUGCAGAACGCUUUGAGCGGAAAUACGACGUGGCCGGCAGUUGCCAGAAAAGAUUCAAUAAUAGGGGUGCAUCCUCGAGAGCCUUCGCAUCAGGAUGCGAACGGGGUACCCUCCCAGGUUUGA